AUGGCUUGCCUGCUAAGCCUGCCUCAGCUCUGCGUUAUUUCUCUGCUAGGAGAACCGGAGAAGGAUGCUCCACAACACAAGACAAAUCUCGAUCGCGUACUUAUCAAUAAGCAUACGUGGUUGGUGCUGCAUACAGGUGCUCAGGUGGCCAUUUUCCCUGCCAAUGACCUGCACCUUUGGGUGACCCUUGAGCGACCCUUGGGGCUACCCCGGAAGAACAAAGGCAAGCCAUCCGUCAAUACCCCGAACGUCGAAAACGUCAAAUGCGGGAGAUCGUCCUAG